AUGUCAAAUAAUUUCGAUAAGCGAUCAUCUUGUAUUGACGAAUUUGAACUUAUUAAUGACAAACCAAAAUCGCAUACUUUGGAAAUUAAUGAUAACCCUGUCAAUCUUUUCGAUCUAAAUGCAAAAGGAAAUUUAGUUGCAAUACCCCAAGCCACUCAUUGUAUUGAAGUUGUUGUUGCAGAAAUUAACAGGCAACUUUGUACAUGGAAUCUUUUUGCUCGACAAAAUGGUGAUAUUAAAACAUCACAAGGAGGGUUUGACUUCAAUGUUGGAGGCCGAAGAACAAUAAGGGCACCUGACGUCUCUUUUACACCUAAAAAUAUAUCAUGUAACUUGACCCAUUCACAACGCUGGGGUUUUCAAGGACAGCCUUUUACUCCUACCUUGGUAGUUGAGGUUAGUGACACUGAAAAAAGAUCAAAGUUCGAAGAACUGGACCAUAAAUUUAUGCAUGACUAUUUUGCGCCUGGAACGGCUGUCACACUCGGUUGGCUAAUUGACCCGAAGCAAAAAAAAAUCUGUGUGUAUAAACGUGAUAGAGAUGUAAUUCGUCAUGAGCACCCCUGGGAAAAAUUAGAUGAUCGCGUUAUUUCAAGAGCUCCAACACCAAAAACGUCUGAUAAAGAAGAGUUAAGGCUUAAUUGUCCAGAGUGUAGUGCCACGUAA